GCCGGUAGCGGGGUACUGUGUUUGAUCAUAGAUCCGUCAAGUGUUAUAAACUCUGGCCCUUGGUAGCUCGCCGCUCAGCACUAACUUGAAGACAGUAAUCAUGGAUAUUAAACCGGUGUUGUUUCUGCUUCUGGUCGCUGUGGCAUUGGGUGAAGCCCAAAAGAAAUGCUGUUUCCCUGACCAAUUUGAAAUCGUCGACGGUCAGAUCGUGGGUUUCGUCCAAUCGGGACAAGGUACGGCGGUGACGCAGUCUUCGCAGGCGGCUUUUGACUACACCAACAGACGAACUGCUGCAUUGCUUCAAUCCUCGGGUUCCAGAUAUCAAACCAUCACGGACUACAAUAAGGCGGUCAUGUACACCAUCAACUUGACUUUGAAGACAUGCCAGAAAACAGCACUCCCAAGUAGGACAAUGGACCACUGCGUUCCUAGUAACGCCACCUAUAAUGGCCCUUUCUAUCUUGGAGAUAACAAGCUCACUGGGGAUUCCUUCAGCUUCAGCCUAAACGUAGAAGGUGAUGUAGUUAACGGGACCCUGUCUGUCACAGAGGGGGACUGUAUCCCGGUGGGUGAAACGCUCUUCGGAACAUUUGGAGGAAGACAAACGCUGAUUUUAGCGGGAUAUGUCAACUACUCCCCUGGGAUCAAGGACCCUUCCAAGUAUUUCAACGUUCCCAGUUACUGCUCUACGGGGUCUUUCAGCUCGGAACUGGAUGAGGCGCUUGCUCACGUGACCCGUACUUUCCUGUUCUAAGUGCGCCCCCCUCCCAGCGACUGUACGUAGACCGGAACCGAUUUAUUACUUGAAGUUAAAGCAAGAAUCAGUUUGAUUUGAUUGAUGCAAUUCUUUAAUGGUACAUGUUAAAUGAAAGGCAAGCAACGAAAAGUCUACUUUUUAAAAAUAAGGGUCAAUGUCUUGAGCCAUUUGUAAAGAGCGUUACUGACAUUUUGCUCUCCUUGCACGAUGUCAAUUUUUCUCACUUAAUUUUUGAGACAGCAGAAGCACAAAUUUCAGAACUUCUAAGACGGUUCGCAGAUUAACUCAUUCCAAUCUGGUCAUUACCCUCUAUCGGUAAUCUUUAGUUACAACCUUUGUCUACUUCCACACUCAUUAUGGUAUGCCUUCUGUACAUCCAUGCUAAAGCUCGUGAUUUGCUACCAUUUGUUGGAUGGAUAAAGCUCCUGGAUUAAGCUUUAUUUCAGAGGAAGACUGAUGAGAAUUGUCAGUUGCAGGAAUUGAACAUUUAAGCAGGCCAAAAUGUUGUAAUAAGAGACGUAUUUGGGCGCAUGCAGAAGAAUUGCUUUAGGGACAUUAUAUGGAGGAAAGUCAUGUUUUCAACAUUUGAUUUCCUAUGAGGUUUGGAUUCGGUCUUCUCAAAGCAUGUUACUAUAAUUCCAUUAUUUCUUCAUGAAGAAAAUUAGUAAUGUAGAAAGGUACAAAGUACUACACAGUGAUUGAAUCGUAAAUUAAAAGUCAAAUCCGUCAGUUAAGAUUGAUGUGUUUUCUUAUGUGUCAACUCUUAACAUAAUGGUGUGUGUUUAAUAAGCAAAUAGUUGAUUAGUUAGACAAAGGUUUACGCAAAAAAAGGAAACAUAAUGUGUGUUAUUAGAAAUUUCCAAAGCCUUUUUAUGAUUAAAUGAUAAAGAAUGAGACCAGUGGCAUAAAUUUGUGUC